AUUAAAAAGAAAAAAAAAAAGAGAAAAAAAUAGCUUCCUUUCUGCGGCAUGUCUUAAAUAUUUCGACGCCUUAGGGUCCGAUCUCGAACGAUAUCUGAAUAUGUCUCCUCUAUGCUUUCAUCUUUAUUAUCCAUAACAUGUUUAUCUCCCUCUUUCUCUCUCUCUCACUCUCUCAUCAGUCCCUCUAUCCAAAGUAUUUCUUGUUUCUUUUCUCUUAAUACUGGUUCGCCAUUAAUUUGGAGUGUUCAAGUAGUCGUCCUAUGCUUGAUUUCCCAUUCUAUAGAUGGAAACCGAUCCAACCGAGAACCCAUCUGAUUAUCAACGAUUCGAAGCUGCAGACGCUAAAAGGAAAAGGAAACAGGAAAUCGACAAGAAGUCUCGUGAAAAGAAAAAGAAAAAGCUGGAAAACAAUGAGGCGCAGUUGAAAACUCUUCAAGAUGAGUGCAACUACUACAAAGGACAAUUAGAUCUUUGUAAGAAGUCAAUGAUGAAACCUUUAUUGGAUGAAGCAUGCCAGAUCGGAAAAUUUGUUCUGGAGCUUGGAGAAAGUAGAGGGCACACCAGAGACACUGUCGAGAAACAAACUGAUAUGGUGAAUAAGUUUUGGGAUAUAAUAAAGGAAAUUAUGCAGCCACUCCCUGGUGGAAGCGGCAGCAUAUCGGCCUCCACAGACAAGGAUGCUUACCCACCACUAGAGCUAUCUGUUGCAGCCAUUAAGUCAGAUGGAUCAGUAACGACAGAGUCAUUCAAACCGUGCCAAUCACUCCCCGAGGAGUGGACCCGGCUGGCAAUGGGGGGACAAGAGCGGCUGAUACGGGCCUUCUUUGGGCUCAGGGAGCAUUAUACGGCCACAACAGCACACCAUGCACGGGAGAUAGCAGACCGUGACCAAGAGCUGAUAAACUUGAGGGAGGAGCUUGCGAGGGCUGAGGCCAUGCAGAUAAACUUGAGGGAGGAGCUUGCGAGGGCUGAGGCCAUGCCUAAUUAUUCGACCUUUUUCGAAGAAAAAGAGCCACCAAAAUUAUAGAAGAGAGGUGCUGUCUUGGGUGCUGGCGGAGAAGGAAACUAUCAAAGUUUUCUCUACAUUUAAAGGUUGCAGCCUUUAGAUUUAAGAACUUCAGUUUAUUUAUCUAUAUAUAGUUAAGGUUUAGAGAACUCCAGGGAUCGAUUUGAGAAGCCUUAUCCACGCUAUAGGUGGUUGCGUCUUUUACCCUGUUAGUAUUGCAUCUGUCGCGUUAUUUUGGAUUUUGAUAUUAUAAUAUAUUUGGCAUAGCAAUAACCAUCGUCUAUUAAACAUUUUUGUUGAAUUUUUUUUAAUAUCAUUAAUGGUCCCUCAUGUGGGUUCUACA